GGGUGCAGCAUCCUUCUUUUCUUCACCGCUGUCACGAUCAUCAAUCACUUCCGGCGUCCGGGCGGCUUCUUUUUUCUUCUCUUCUGCUUCUUUCAUCUGCCUCUUCCAGGCCUGUAAUUUGUCCUCUCCAGAGCCAAGCAACCCUCUCAGCCCACCAACAGGUGCGACAUCAUCAGUCGCCCAUGCAGGUUCCUUCUCCUCAACCUCAUCUCGGGCGCCGGGCCGGCGACGACGAUCUCCUAUAGGGGAUGGAGAACGUUGACGAGAACGCGAGCGACGCCGACGGAGGGGCUCUGGGGAUGGUGGUCGGCGGUCUCGAUCACGCUCGCGAUCCUUGUCACUGCGGCGCAGGUCCUCUCGUUCGUCACGCCGUCGACGAUCAUAGGAUGCUCGUUCCUUCUCGGUAUCCCAAGGCGUUCGGCCGGCGCUACUGCGUGGAGGAUAUUCGCUUCUCUCUCUGCUCCUAUCCCUUUCACGGUCCCGAUCCCUUUCCCAAUCUCGGUCCCUUUCACGGUCACGAGCUCGUCGGUCUCGGUCGUAGCGAUCCGGUUCUGGGACCCACGAGUCUCCAUACUUGCGCAUAUACUCAGCAUCCCGCUCGCGCUCACGCUCGCGAUCUUUUUCCCGGUCUGCAUCCCGAUCGUCCCGUCUUACAGCACCUUCGGCAUCCUUCGUUCUCCAGUCCUGGCUUUCACCAGCCCGCCCUCGCUCUUUCUUUGGAGCUUCUCCGCUAAGCUCCUCCUCUUUUCUCCGCCUUCCUGCUUCCCUCGCUCGUUCUCUAUCUGCUGCUCUGUCUGCCGCGGUCUCACGUCCUGGAUCCCUGUCUUUCAAAUCGCGUGGACGCUCACUUCCUCGAAGUGGCGCUGCGCCAACUUCGCGUUUUGCCAGGUGUGGUGCAGUGUCACGAUCUCUCUCGCGAUCGCGACGGAGAGCCAACGAGGAACCAGCCAGUCCAGCUGAACGGUCCUUAUCGUAGUUAUCGGUAUUGCGUAAGCGAUCGCUCUCAGUGCGCACAGGCUGUAAGCGGAACGAACCCAUUGGCCCUCCUUGGGACAAGUUGGGACGAUAGGAUCUCGAGCCACUUUCCUCAUCUUCUUUCCGAUACCGUCGCUCCCUUCCCGAUCCGACCUCCCCUGUAUUGAGAUCCUUGGCCUCUCGCUUGUUCAUCACUGGGCUGGUAUGCUCGAAUUGACCAAACCAGUCACUGAGAUCGGGCAUGCCCUCUGGUGGUGCAACCAGAGGUGAUUUAGAGAGGUGCAACAGCUCUGCACGCGAGUAGCGAACAUCGAGGCGCUUGAGUUGGGGACGGC